AUGCCGGUCUCCAAGGCAAAAUCUAGCCCCUCCGAUGACCGUCGGGAUCGGCUUACGCUCGCGAAAUUGGCCAGCUACGACGACGUCGCAACAGAUGCGCUGGUUGACCGUGCGUACUUUUGGACCAACACUCGCAAGAAUCGCACCAAAUACAACCCCGCCCGCGGCAUCAAAGAUGAUGAUGUGGCUAGCACUCUCCUCCACGAUGUCAUUGUCAACAAAGACGCUGCCAAAGCGGAAGCGAAGCUAUUGAGCAUGCCAGGUCUCAAGAAGUACUUGGCUAAGCUGCCUACUGACCGGGAGAAGGAAUGGUUUCGCCGCCAUCUCCGCAAAUACAUUCAGAUGUAUCUCCCCGACUCCCCCUUUGAGGUGACUACGACCAAUCGCUACACGGUGACCGAGCAUGAGGCCGCCAUCUGCGCCCGCAAAUUCAUCAAGCAGGGUCAGGAGAUCAAAUACCUCAGCGGGACCCUCGUACCCAUGACCAAGGAAGAGGAGCAGGAUCUGGAUCUGAAGAGAAAAGAUUUCAGCAUUGUCAUGUCGAGUCGGAGAAAAACCCCCUCUUUCUUUCUGGGUCCCGCUCGGUUCGCCAAUCACGAUUGCAACGCCAACGGACGACUGGUGACGCGCGGCAUGGAAGGCAUGCAAGUCGUGGCCAUCCGCAACAUUCAUAUCGGAGAGGAAAUCACCGUCUCCUACGGCGAGGAUUACUUUGGCAUUGACAAUUGCGAGUGUCUUUGUUUGACCUGCGAACGGGCCGUCCGCAAUGGCUGGGCACCGCAGCUCGAUUCCGACCAAGAGAGUCCCGCAUCCACGCCAGCUUACGACGAGCCUGCGCCCUCUGAGGCUCUCCUUUCGCCCAAGAAACGCAAGCACGCCCCCGACACCGAUUCAGAAAGCUCACCCUCGUCAACUCCUCGCAAACGAACCAAGUUUACUCGCCAAAGCUCCAAGUUGAGAUCCGAGGUGGUGUUUUCCGAUCUUACACCCUCGAUCGAGUCUUCCACGGUCCAGCCAGCAGGCACCGGGCUUUCCUCUCAAGCUUUAUCCGUGCCACACGCUGCCGCAGCCGAAACUGCCAGUGACCACGUCAUCGACAAUAAGAGUGACAUCCAUACCGAAUCGACCGUGCAGAGCACCACCACUACCACUGCUGAUCCCGAUUCACCCGGUUCGCUGGACGAUUCCCACCGCUCGUCAACUUCAACAGCCGCGACGUCCGUUUGUGACAACCCGGUGCAAAUCAAGAUCGAGGAAGUUACCGAGACUACCGUGCAGGCACCAAUUUUGACUGUCGAGGGACGCCUGGAUCUCUCCACUGGCUCAGCCGAUCCAGAACGACGUAUCCUGGGUGUGGACAAUGAUGCCUUGUCGGACUUGUCGGACUCACUGGAGCUGGACGAGAAGCUCGGUACGGUGGUGAAAAAAUCCCGAAAAUCCCGCAGCAAAGAAGUCGUUCCUUCAGUCGAGGUUGAGCCACCCCGUGCUCGUGUUCCUGGCGACUACACCAAAACCUCGAAACUUCUAGCACAGGCAUACGACCGCUGGGUGGAUUGCCGUACUUGCAACGCUUGGUUUGUCCAGCAAGAUUCUUACCUAACGCGACGGGAGUGUCCUCGGUGCGAACGGCACUCCAAGCUGUAUGGAUUCCAAUGGCCGAAAACCGACAGAGAAGGCCCUGCGGACGACGAGGAACGCGUGAUGGACCACCGCACUGUGCACCGGUUCUUGUACCCCGAGGAAGAAGCGCUCAUUUCGCGCAAGGACCGCGGUGUCAGUUUUGGAAUAACCCCGACGCCCGAGCUCGCCUACGAUGCGCCCCUCGUCACUCUAGACUAUGGCACCUUCCAGGGCAGCUAUGAUGCCAGCUACAACCUCUCCUACUUUCGCAAAAUCCCCUUUGCAGCACCCGCCACAGGCGAGAACCGCUUCCGAGCGCCCCAACCCCCGUUAAACAUCACCAAUGGCACCUACGACACCGACCAAUCCUUCGACAUGUGCCCUCAACGCACCGUCAACGGCUCCGAAGACUGCCUCUACUUAGGUCUCUACUCCCGGCCCUGGGACACCUCCUCGUCCACCACCAGCCGCCCUGUCCUAGUCGUCUUCUACGGCGGCGGUUUCAUUGAAGGCGACGCCCUCUUCGGCAUGCCCCCCAACGCCUACCCCGUCCUCAACGUCAGCACCCUAAACGACUACAUCGUCGUCUAUACCAACUACCGCGUCAACGCCUUCGGCUUCCUCCCCGGCCAAGCCAUCAAAGACUCGCCCACCUCCGACCUCAACCCGGGCCUCCUCGACCAACAGUACGCCCUGAAAUGGGUUAACUCCCACAUCCACCACUUCGGCGGCAACCCCAACAAUGUCACCAUCUGGGGCCAAUCCGCCGGCGGAGGCUCCGUCGUCGCCCAAAUCCUCGCCAAUGGCCGCGGCUCCAACCCAAAACUCUUCUCCAAAGCCCUCGCCAGCUCGCCCUUCUGGCCAAAAACCUACACCUACAACGCCCCUCAAGCGGAAGCCAUCUACACCCAGCUGGUAAACCUAACGAACUGCACCACAGCCUCCGAUACCCUCAAAUGCCUUAAAGAGGUCGACGUCCAAUCCAUCCGCGACGCAAGCCUCAUCAUUGACGCGGACAGCACCUACACCACCUCAUCUUAUACCUGGGCCCCCGUCAUCGACGGAACCUUCCUCAUCGAACCCCUCACCUCUGCUACCGCCUCCAACACCCUCAAAACUGAUCUAAUCUGGGGCAUGUAUAACGCUCACGAAGGCGAGAACUUCAUCCCCCCCGGACUAGAAGAUACCACCACAACAAACGGCUUCAACUCCUCUCUCGCGUCCUUCCAUAACUGGCUAACCGGCUUCCUUCCCGGUCUUGAUACUAAAGACAUCGAUCUCAUCGAAUCGAAAUACUACCCUGUUUCUGGAACAGCAGAAACACUAUCCUAUAAUACGACGUUCGUCCGCGCGGGACUUGUUUACAGGGAUGUGGUGCUCGCGUGCCCGGCGUACUGGGUUGCUUCUGCGGCGGGCAAGAAGGGGUAUGUUGGGGAGUAUACUAUUCCGCCGGCGAGACAUGGAAGUGAUACUGAAUGGUGGGACACUGUGUCCACAGUCCAACAAACCGACCCUUUGAUCUACGACGGCUACGCCGGCGCAUUCGCCAGCUUCUUCCAGACGGGGGACCCCAACGCACAUAAAUUGACGAAUGGGUCGGAACCUGGUGUGCCGGAGGUACAGCAGACAGCGGAGGAAUUUGUGAUUGCCACAGAGGGGUUUGAGAAUGUGGGGCUGAGCGAGUUGGAAGAUCGGUGUGCGUUUUGGAAAUCUGUUGGGAAGAAGAUUCCUAUUUGAUUUUUACAACUAGUAGUAGUAUUUUCUAGUUGUCUACUUAGAUGAUGGGUGUCUAUAGCGUACAGGUGUGGUAUGAGAAAGAGGAUCUAAGUAGAGAUGUGGUGGUUGUGGUUGUGGUUUGGGGGAGAAAUAUACAAAUUAUAAUACAUGAGGUCAAAUCGAUCAAAUACAGC